CGUCGAAGUCGAACGAUCUGCAGUAAAUAAUCAGCUCAGAAUGUGGAGGUCGUUGUGGCUCAAAGGAAGGGGAUUGUCUCUCCCUCUUCUCUCAGUGUCCCGCUACUCCAGUGCUGUCUCCGUGAGUCAAGACGGGAAGAAGAUCCGUCUCUCAGUGGAGGGUGAGCCUGAGAGAAGGUAUCAUGGUGUCUGGCUGAGACACAACUGUAGAUGUCCAAAGUGUCUCAUUGUGUCUUCUAAUCAAAAUAUUGUCCAUCAUAGUGAACUGGUGGACUUACAUAUCAAAGAAGCUUCUCUUGAUGAUGGAUCUGUUCAUGUGAAGUGGGAUUCAGCUAAAGGCCCUCAUUCUUGUUCGUUUAAUGUGAAGUGGUUGAAGGAAUUCGAUUACUCUUCUCCCAAUGCUUUUGAUAAAAAGAAUGAGAGCUCAAAGCCAAUUGUAACAGACACUCUACCAACUAUUGACUGCGCUGACAUGAUGUCAAGUGAUGAAGGAUUAUACGAGUGGCUGAAACAAGUGAAUUUCUAUGGAGCAUCACUAAUAAGAAAUAUACCAGAUCACAUUGAUGCUGAUCAAAUAUUAAAGAAGAUUGGUAAUCCACAAGAGCAUUUAUAUAAACUUAUAUUUGAUGUCAUAGCAGCUGAGAGUGUAAUUGAUGCUGCUUAUAGUACAGAUGAUCUUCUAUGGCAUAUGGAUCAAGGGGUUUUCGAGUCACCGCCAGGAAUACAAUUGCUUCAUUGCUUAAAGUUUGAUGAUUGUGUUACAGGUGGUGAAACUGUUUUAGUCGAUCUUUACGAUACUGCACAGAAGUUGAGAUCCGAGUAUCCUCAUCACUUUAAGACUUUAACUGAAGUACCUUACAGUAUUCAAAGGAUACACGAAACCCUUGAAACAGAGAAUCCUGUCUCUUUCCUUACACGUAAACCUCACAUAUCUUUGGACAGUUCUGGAGAAAUAGUAUCAAUAAACUGGUCCCCACAGUUUCAUGGGCCGUUGCAAGCCACUGAGGAUAAGAUUGAAAAGUAUUAUGAAGCAUUCAUUACUUUCUCAGCCAUGAUUGAUGAAUCACCAACUAGAUUAGGCCGUAGACUGAGACCAGGUGAAGCUCUUUGCUUUAAUAACAGAAGAAUGGCUCACUCAAGGAAUGCCUUUGAAUUGAAUGGAGGAGAGAGACAUUUAAGAGGAGGAUAUGUCAAUAUUGACUUCUUCAGGAGCAAAUUUCAGCUACUGGCCAAUAAACUAGGAACUGGCGAAAUCUCAAAGAAUGUUUUUAACUCAAGCUGGGUUACUCAUUAGUAUAAUAUUUCUAUUGACUGCUUCAAUAUUUCCAUUUGGAAAACUGUAUUUUUGCACGUUGUAAUGUAUAAUUUUGCAUUUUUUAGAACAUACCAUGUCUUUUGUGUUCCUUCAAAUGCUGCAUAAAAGU